AUGUCGGCCUCGUCGCGCAGCCAGAGCUCCUCCCCCGAUAUCCUAGGUCCUCCAGGCGAUGCCCAAUACUUGAUCUCAUCACCGAUAAAACCCUUCGCGGGGCGCCAAAGCUGGAUGUCUCCUAUGAUAGCGAAAUCACGAACUCCGGCCAAGCGACCGCGAGGGCGACCGCGCGUCAGCCUCAGUCCUGCAAAAAGCGCGCAUUCGAUUCAAUUCAACGAUGUCAUUCUCCCCGGGUCGCCAACAAUGAAGUUUAAUGGUGGUCGGCAGAGGUCAAUCUCGCCGGAGAAGCUUCAGGAAGGAAAUGUCAGCCCAUGGCGCAUCCGACUCACGCUCGAAGCGACACAAGACGAAGAUGACGAGAACCGGGGUAGCCCGUCACGCAAACGAUUUAAACCCUCGACCAUGACAACAAUGAUACCGUUGAAGGAUGAGAGGAGUCCACUGAAAGAGAGAACACCCCCAAAACGGCGAGGGCGUCCACGAAAGUCUGACUUGACUUUAUCCCCGUUUCCUGGGGGUGCUGGACAUACACCUGGGCCUGGACAUACACCUGGGCCGGGACACACUCCUGGGCCGGGACACACUCCUGGGCCACUAGUUGAUGACUCUGAGCCACGUAAAAGAGGUCGACCACGCGGCACGCCCAAACCCAAACUACAGGAUUUCCAGCUGCUGGAUGACCAACCAACGCCGACUGCCGAAUACUAUGACCACACCUUUAGUCCGAUGGAUAUCGUUCCCAGCAGCGAUGCCCACCAAGCCCAAUCCAGCCCAAUGGGUACGAUGGCGAAUGAAACUGGUCCAGGUCAACAUGAAUAUAGUCCGAUGGAUACUACAGCUAGUGAAGCUAGUAUACAUCGCCAAAGAUUUAGCCACACGGAUCCUCUUACUAGUGACGCCGGCCUAGGCCAAGACCGAUUCAGCCCGACAGAUUCUUUCGCUGGGAGUAACGCGCACGCCAGCCCUCUGAAUCUCGUGGGGGAUGCGGAUUCCGAAGACGACUCUUGGGGGAAUUCAGACUUGUCAAUUGCAGAUAUUCCUGAGCCAACACAACCUAUCGCGGAAGAUCUUGGCGAUCUCCGCCGUGAGUAUGGCCGAACGAGUUUAGAGACUCCUGUUAUCGGAGCUACGGAACAUCACUUUUUGGAUGAUGAAAACAUCCACUCUACGCCUUCUAAAAUGCCAUCACCUACACGCGAUAGAACAAUCUUGUCAUCGAGGCCUUCACACAACACGUCUAGCCCACAAUCGCGCACAUAUCCUACUCCAACACCUACAUCUUCGCUGGCCGAUGAAGAAAAUCAAACCCGACAAGCCGACGUAGAGCAUCCCCCAACCACAGAGACCCAUCAUUCCGAACCUGAACCCGUCGAAGAUCCCGGAGACGAAUACGAUGAAUUCGACACUAUCAUGGAAAGUGAAGGAUUCACUAUGAUUUCCCUUGAUACACUCCCAUCAGCCAAGCAGCAUGGAUUCGGCUCUAGCGCUAUGACAAACGGCAAUACCAAACCAAAGGAAGUUGGAGACCGGUUGAGACGCAAACUUCCCGGGACGAUCGAAGACCUCCGAGGUGAUUAUCGUGCUCAAAAGUCAUCCAGUCCAGUCACUACGGGCCCAGCUGCUGGGUCAUACGAAAACCCCAGCACUCAUAUUCCGGAGAAGCACCCCGUGCAUACGACUGAGCAGCAGUCAGUUAACUAUGUGAACGAGAUCGCGUACCCUGAACUCCCUGCCGGGUCGUCCCCCGCUAAACCAGCAAUUAUUCCCAAGAAGAGGACAUUCACCAGUUUAGCCAAACUUGUUCGUCUUAGCUUGGCCCUGCAAGGUCCCUUCAGGCCCGAAGGAGACGAGUGGUCAGGUAAGAGUAAUGCCCGUCACAAAAGACGUCGAUUAGAGGGUGUUUUCAGCACAUUCGACUCUGAAACGCAGCGGAAACUCCGAGCUGCUAUGGGGCUAGGACAGGAGCUUGCAAUGCGUCGGAUGCUCGCCGAGGAAGAUGAGGCUGCCGCUAUAGCAGCAGAAAAUGCGGCAGCUCGUCUCGAGGAGGAACGUCUCGAGAAGGGGCAGGAAGAACAGGAAGAAUACCUCUAUAACGACUUCAACGACGAAGAAUUGGAAGAGCAAGACCAUGAUCAAUCCUCUGGAGGUGAAAUCGAAAAGCAAGAACCACACACCCAACUGUCACAAUCUAAGAUCACGAACUCCAUGCAGCAAAGCCCAAUGUCCUACCAAAAGGCACAACGGGAGGCACAACGGGAGGCACAACGGGAGGCACAAUGGCAGCGUGAACGAGAAGCAGUCAGUCACCAGGCUGAGAUGGCUUCAAACUCACGAUCGGUCGUUUAUAUUGAUAGCGAUGAGAAUGCGGCGGAAGAUGAUAGAAACAUGGGACUUGGAUACGAACAACGAUUUGAGUCUGAGGCCGGAAAUGGGUUUGACGAAGAGCCCAAUUAUUCUGCGUCUGGACUCGCACCAAGAGCAGCGCCAUAUGCGCCCCAAGACGUUGAACCCGAGCGCGAACCCACGCCCGAGGCCGCACCGGAGCCACUUGAAGAUGAGGAUGAUGGAUAUGAUGAUAUUUGGCAACUUGAAGCCAACGAGCACAGCCAUGUUUCACACCGCUCUGAAGAGGAUGCUCAGUCUCAUGCACAGCCUGUUGCACGUCCUUUAGGCAGCCUUGCUCCAAUUCCUGCAAGUCAAGACUACCCUAGCUCAUCGCCUUCCGCUACUUCGGAACAUAAUUAUGUAGCGCGCUUCGGGCCGUCCAAAAUUCGCGAGCUCCGUGAGCAAAAGGUCGAUUUAUCUGCUUUACUUGCAGAAGAGGAUACACCCAACCGUGCGCGGUAUUACGAUGGAACAAGUACGCCUCGGAGUGUACUAACCCGCCCAUCAGAGGCACAGAAUCCGCCAAUCAAUAAAUCCGUCAUGAAGGACGCGAUAUCGCGCACUCCAGCGCAUAUUCGUUUACAGCCUCUCUCCCAGUCCAGCCCUAAUGUUCCCAGCCCACAGGUGGCCAGUCCGCAAGCCAUACCUCUCGGGGGAAUGAAAUCUCCGAAUGUUGCACAAAGAAGCUCGCCUAUGCAAGAGGCUUUGGAACAAGACUAUAACAACAGCAGCAUUUCCAAUGCCGCUCGUAGUCCAUCGGAAUCUGCCAACGUUGAUUCUGCCUCUACCCCAAAGGCUCGUCAGCCCAGUCGGGAGGAGCCAGGUUCAUCCUGGUUCAGUAAAAUAACCAGUUUCACUCCGCAAUGGCUAAAGGCACCUACCCGUGACCGAAGCUCAAGUGUUAGUACUAUUCCGGAGGAAGCGUCUGACUUUGAGGAUGAAGAGGAAAUGGCCGGCAUUGAAUCUGCGAGGGAGCUUGACGGACAUCUCCAGGAUGAGCCGCUCUCAAAGCAGGCGAGUCAAUCCCCCGCAAGCCAUUGGAGACAGCCAUCUCCAUCUCAAUCUCCCCAUACACAGCAAGAGCCCGUUUCCGCGAGCCAUUGGAGAGAGCCAUCACCGUCUCAGUCUCACCAGGUAAAACAAGAUCCUAUUCCUACAAUGGAAGAGGAGAACCCGAUGUACGAGAGAAGUGUUUCUCGGGAGCCCUUGGAAGAUGAGGUGGCGAAUUCUGAGCGGAGUGUUUCGCAAGAUCCCUUGGAGAACGAGGAUCCAGAAGAUCCAGAACCAAUGAACCAACAUAGGGCGUCUCCAGGGCCUCGACCACUUGCUGUCUUCGGAUACUUCUCCGACGAACAUUACGCCGCGCUUCGUCGUAUCUACCGAGUUGCCAAGCGAUAUCCCGAGCGCUUUGAAUACUACGAUGCCCCGGGGCGGGCAGCCAUUAUCGGUGAUUGGAUAUGGACCUCCGACGGCCAUCACGGGGUGCCCAUCACAGAGAUCCAAUUUGCCAUCAUUGAUCGCUUUGCCCAGGAACUUUCUCGGGCUGACAUCCAAUAUGGUGGCAGCGGACAGAUCGAUUGGACAGAAGCUGAUCUGCAUCGGAGACUCAUUAGCAUCAUUAUUGGUGAGCAGAUCCGAGAAGAAAGAAGGGCCAAGGCCAAUCGAGGUACUUCAGUGGAUACCUGGCGAUGA